UUUUGAUUUGGAAAGCGCAGGGACAUGGUGCGGAUGGAUGGCUGUCCACACGGCCACAAGAGGACCAGAACAAAGCAUGGCUGGGAAGCCUUUUCGGGCCACCUACAUCUGGAACAGCAUCAUUUCCAAUCUCCAAAGUCAAGUCGAGGUGAAGCACAGGCGCCACAACCUGAAGUCGUACCAUGACUGCUUCCUGGGCUCAGAAGCGGUGGAUGUGGUUCUGUCGCACAUCACCCUCAGCCGAUUCUUUGGCGAUGAGGCGGUGCCUCGACACAAGGCCGUCCGUCUCUGUCAGGUCCUCAUGGACUCUAAGGUGUUUGAGUCAGUCGGGGUUAAAGUGUUCGGAAAGGAGAAGAAAAGAGACAAGUUCGAGGACAGUAGCGUCAGUUUGUACAGGUUCCUGGAUCCAGUAACCAGCUCCUCCUUAGCUCUGACCAAUACCAACUCUCACUCCACUGGUGCCAUCAAGAGUGGCUACGGCUCGCCGAACAUGAACCGGAGCAGCUGCUCACUAACAAGCGAAAGCCAAGGGGUCCCAAGCUACUCCACCCACUCCCCGGUAAAGAGAGAGAAGCUGCUGGAGGAGGUGCUGGGGAACCUGAACCUCAGCACCACCAUCACCCCCCAGAUGACCCACCUCGGCCUCUCGCAGGAGUGUUUGUAUGAAGUGUGGCACCAGCAGGCGGUGUCCAGGCUGCUGCAGCUCAUAGAGCUCCCCCUGCUGGAGAGCUUGAUAGAAGGCGAGGUCGCUUCACGAUCCUCUCUGCAUGGCAUGGACAGCGACCCAGACCUGCUGUGUCCAACAAGCUACCUGGACAGAGAAGUUCUGAAAGCUUUCAGCGAAGCACAGGCUGAUGAGUGGAUGUCAGUGGCGGUGGACUGUCUGGAGUUUCUGCCUGAUGAGCUGGUGGUGGAAGUCAGUCGAGGUUUGGCUGCUUGUGCGGAUGACCUUGUUCAGUGCAAGAGGUUGCUCUACCAGGUCCUGGUCAGGCAUUACAGACAGACGCAGCGGCCACCUCUGCUUAACAACUACAUCUUUGAUAUCCACUCUGGGAUCUCAGAACUACUUGUUAACGGGAAGCUGGAGCUGGCUUUAGAGGCGCUGCAGCUGAGCCUGAGGCUGCAGGACGCCCAAAGCCGCGAGGAACUCCGGAGACUCCUGAGAUUCAUGGCCACUGCAGCCAAUCCGCAGGAGGUGAAGCUGCACAAAGAGAUUGAGAACAGGAUGGCGGUGAAGAGGGCUUUCUCCAGCUCCAUUGUGUACAGCGGAAGGCUCUCGAAGGGCAAGGUGGACUUGAUGGUUCUGUUCAUGAUGGAUAACUACUGUGACAUGUUCCAAAUUCCCAUCUCCUUGCACAAGAUGGUGAGUGAAAGAUUGAGGAAUAUCGUAAUGGGGAAGGAUCCGGAUGUGAUAACAGGCUCAACGUACUGCUCAAGGGUUAGCGGCAAGGAAUAUUCAGAAAGUGCACAGAAAGCCACUAAGGAGGAGAUCCUUUCUCUACUGAGGACAGUUUAUGAGAACCCCAAAUUCUCCAGGAAGGAGAAGAGGCGACUGCUGGGACAGUUUCAUAAAGCUCACCCUGAGACUUUUGUUCAGUACUUUGGAACGAAAUUGUCUAGUAUCAACAUGUUGUUGCAGUAAUAUUUAUACAAGUUAUAGAUCAAAUAGUUAAAAAAUACUAAGAUCAAAUGGAGUUGUGCAGAUAGUAACAGAUGACUGAGCAAAAAUGUAAGCUAUAAUAUUUAAUGAUCUAUUUAAUUAUUUUGUUUGGUGCGGGUCACUCUGGCAAAAUGCUCAUAUUGAUGUGAAAACCACUGAUGCGUACUCUGAAGUAGGAAAAAAAAAGUUAUUUUUUAAGCUCAAAUAGACAUUAUAGGUCUGAUUCAGUCAAAAGCAAACCUGCAGGUUGGCUGUUUCUGUUUUUCUUGUGCAACGGCAUCAGAUAAAAAUGUGAAAUUUUGACAUUGGAAGUCUUACAAGUCCCUUACUGUAGCGACAGUGGGGACAUGCUCCUGACUCUGGCUUGUUUUGUUUUCUAAAAAAUUAAAACAGAUGUUGGAGAUUUUUUUUAUUUUUCAUUAUUUUUUAUGGCAAUCUCAGCCACGUUUUAGUGGUCUCUUCAGGGUUGUUUAAAUCAGGUACAAAUAACCCUUCUAAUUGGCUUACGGGAAAUGACUGGAGUGUUUCCCGCUGGUUUGAAACAUCUUGUUUGUAUUUUAUGUCAUCUUAAGGUAAAAUUGGGAUGUAGAACAGAAGCUUUCAUGCAUCUUUUGCACCAGCUCUAAGAAGACAAUGGCAUCUGGUAUGCCAGCUACAUCCUGAUUCAGAGUGGAUAAUUGUGAAAGACAAAGCAAUUCUCUGCAUGUAAAUUUAAGAAAAAAUAAACUUAUGAAUUUGUUUCUGUGAAAUAAGAUAUGUCUGAAAGAGUUUUUCUUUUUUCUUUCCUUUUUCUAAUAGUUCAUGAUCCUGUUUGUGACAGAAAUCCUUUUGUUCCGAGAAGUCAAAACCACAGAAUCCUUCAUAUGCUUCCACUGCGCUCCAGCUGUUACCCGUUACUUCAAACUACCACCGAGACACAGAGAAACAUUUCCAGGAUACAAACACACUUACUGCAAGACACGACGGUGCCGCUGGCUUAACUGGUUUAAAUAUCAGAAUGUGAACACUAAAAGGAAGCAUGUAAACCUUUUCAUACUCCCAUUAGAAACGCUAGUAAACAAAGAGAGCCCGGUCUGUUCUCAAAUGGGUCCUACUUCUGCUGAUUGGCUGAAAAGCUAGCAUGUGAAGCAUCAGCAAUAUUUCAUGCUCAAAUAAAAACACAAGCUGCUCAAAUUAUUUUUCAAUUUUUAUUGAAAGGAACAGUGUUUCCUCCGUAAUAUCUAAAAAAAAAAAGAAAAAGAAAAAGCUUCCACUUUGUUAUCCUUGGAACAGCUGAAACAUAAGAUCGGAACUGAAGUGUAUCCCAAAGUCCACAGUAGAAUUAAAAACUUUGUACAGUAUAAUUAUCAGUCUUUCAAAAUAAAAAAAAAAACAAAAC